GUAGGAAAAUGUAGCGUUGUUCACCCGACAACACACCGGCGUUGUUGUGAGAUAUUUUGAUAGUUGCUAAGCUACAUGCGGCUAACAAUAUUUUAAAGUAAACUUUUGAAAGAAGUUAUUUUGACCCCAUUAUAAUAAAAAGACGACCUUUAAAUCGUAGCCAAAUCGGUAUGUUUUUACUACCGAUAUUAUAGAAAAUUGGUAUAUUUUCUAAACUACGUAGCGAAGAGAUUAAACUACGAUUUGGAAUAAAUGCAUCAUACGUUCAAAAAUAGUUAACAUUGAUUGCCAAUCGGUCAGACCUACUUAAAACCAGUACAACAUUAACGUAGUUUAUCAUGUAAUAUUUGAACAAUUAAAAUACACGGGCAGGAAGGGAAGCCAUCCCACAUUUUAAGAAUUUGGUUUGAGUUAAAUUAUUACUCUUAAAAUAUGAUGUGUAGUUGCAUCGGUGCGCGCAGACUUGAACACAUUCAACAGAGCUGCUUUAUGUGGAACAUUCUUCGAGUGUUCGUGUUUGCUCUGGCAGCAACAUCGAGCAUCACACCGGUCUGUCUCCUGGAGUUCUGCCCAAGUCUGGACCCUGACUGUCACAAUGACGACAACACAGCUUCAGAGGCAGAGUCAUAUUCACACACUGCGUCAAGGUGGAACGCAAACGCCACAAACCUUCUCCAGGACCUGGACCAGUGGAGAGUGUCCUGUGAAAAGCUACUUGAAGCAUUUCCUGUUGAUGAUGUCGAUGGGAACUUUGUUCGCACCGUGAAGGACUGCAUAUUUUCUAAAUCCAUUCCAACUCCACUGAAAGGACCACUGAGACUGGCAGCAGUUUCUAAGGAAGUGGUGGAGGAAACCUUAGAUUUAGAUGUUGUCCUAACACAGUCAGAGGAUUUCCUGCAGUUUGCCAGUGGAGGCAAACUGAUGUCAGGGUCCGUACCACUCACUCACAGAUAUGGGGGCCACCAGUUCGGCUAUUGGGCGGGUCAGCUUGGGGACGGCCGAGCUCAUCUGCUUGGUCAGUAUUUAAACAGAAAGGGAGAGACAUGGGAACUGCAGCUUAAAGGAUCUGGGAAAACCCCAUAUUCCAGGUCGGGAGACGGCCGAGCUGUGAUUCGCUCCUCGGUGCGGGAGUUCCUGUGCAGUGAGGCCAUGCAUUUCCUGGGUGUUCCCACCAGCAGAGCUGCCAGUCUAAUUGUGAGUGAGGAGCCGGUGUUGAGAGACCAAUUUUACAACGGCAAUGUUGACACAGAGAGAGGGGCUGUUGUGCUCAGAGUAGCAAAGUCCUGGUUCCGAUUUGGAUCAUUGGAAAUUCUGGCCAAAAGUGGAGAGACAGAUCUGUUGAGGAAGUUGUUGGACUUUGUGAUUGAGGAACAUUUUCCCUCCAUCGUUUCAGACGACCCUGAUAAAUAUUUAGUAUUUUAUUCUACAGUGGUCAAUGAAACUGCUCAUCUUAUUGGACAGUGGAUGUCUAUAGGGUUUGCACACGCAGGCGUCUGUAACACAGACAACUUCAGCCUCCUCUCCAUAACCAUCGACUAUGGACCGUUUGGUUUCAUGGAGGCCUAUGACCCCAAUUUCGUUCCUAACUCAUCUGAUGAUGAGGGCAGAUACAGAAUCGGAGCCCAGGCCGAUGUGGGACUGUUCAACCUGCAGAAGCUGCAGGAGGCUCUCAACCCUGUACUUACACAGAAACAACAGAGGGCGGCCAACAUGAUUUUAAAGGGAUUCACUGGUAUUUACCAGAUGAGAAUUCAGCAGUUAUUCAGAGGUAAACUGGGCCUUCGUGAUGAAGAUGAAGAGGAUGGUUUACUCAUCGCUCUCCUCCUCAAGAUGAUGGAGGAAACAAAGUCGGACUUCACCAUGACCUUCAGACAACUCAGUGAAGCUUCACAGCUGCAGCUUCACAGCAGGAACGUCUCACAGAUGUGGGCGCUCUAUGACCUGUCACAGCAUGUUCACUUCUCUGAUUGGCUCAGGAUGUAUCUCCUCCGUAUCAGCAGGUUAAAAAAAAGUCGAUCCUUUAACAAAAAAUGUAAAAAUUGUGUUGAUUUGUUAUUUUUUAUUCUCUGGUGCAGACAAGAAAAUGACAGUGACAUCGAUCGUCAGAACAGGAUGAAAAGUGUAAAUCCCAGGUAUGUGCUGAGGAACUGGAUGGCAGAAUUAGCCAUAAGGAAAGCAGAGAAGAAUGACUUUUCUCAGGUGGCAAUGCUGCACCGCAUCUUGGCUUCCCCCUUUGUUACACAAACGACAGCAGAGGAUGCAGGUUACGCAUCAAGACCCCCACGGUGGUCACAGAGGUUAAAGGUUUUGGGGGGAGUAUUUCAGAAUUGUCUGAGGAUCUUCCUCACGGCUGGACUUUCAGCAUCUCGUCCUCCUGUCCAUCCCUGUCCUCUGAGGCUUUACUUUGUUUUCUCUGGUUGCUCAUUGACUUUCUGUGCGUCUCUGGAUCCUCCUUCUCUUUAAUCCUCUCAGUCUCAUCUCACACUGUCUGCUGAUUGUACUUUUUUUUUCUUCCCCAGAGUAGAGAGAGGAAAGGGAAGGCUGCAGACUUUCACAUCCUCUUUGGACUCAACCCCAUCAGCCCAAUUUUAUAAAACUCCCCGUCAGCGUUUCUCAAUCUUUAAUGAGCAACCAG